GCAUCGUGAUUCUGUUGACUCUCUUCGGCGGAUGUAUUGUGAAAUAGCGAUAUUCAAAGAACAUGGCUCUAACGGGUAUAUUCAACUUCUUGCUCCCAAUGUCGGUGGCCUUCGAUUCGAAUUGCGACUUCUUUCAAUACAUGGAAUUAGGGCAAGAGUAUUUCAUCUAUAAUAAAGAGUAUCCAGAGAGCUAUGGACCAGGAACCAAUUGCCGAUGGGUUGCUCAAAGCCCACCUAAUACCAGAAUCGUCAUGUCUUGUCCAGAUAUAAAUUUACCAGCUAGUAACAAUUGCCAAGCGGAUUAUAUAACUAUUUCUUUAACGGGAAAUUCAUCCCUGACCGAUGGAAACAGGUAUUGUGGAAUUGGUACCAUCAACGUCGUCUCAGCUGAAAAUGCACUAGCAUUAGGAUUAUUCUCAGUGUGGUAUUCAGCUGGAGGAAGGUUUUCUUGUAGUUUAACUGCCAUUCAAAGUGAAGAUGGAACACAAAGUUCUACAACUGCAAGACCGAAUACUUGUGAUUGUGGUUGGCGGAAAAAAAGAAGAAUUGUUGGAGGUAUUGAGGCUGGAAUCAAUGAGUACACUUAUAUGGCGGCAAUUGUGGAAAUACCCUAUCAAGAUGUGUACUGUGGAGCAACUAUAAUAUCCAAAAGAUACGCGGUAACUGCCAAUCAUUGUCUGGUAGAUAAAGUAGCUACCGAUUUAGGUUUACUGGUAGGAGAUCACGACUUAAGUACAGGUACUGAGACAACUCAUGCUGCAUUGUACACCUUGGAAAAGUUCGUCUCUCAUCCGAGCUACAAUAACAGAACUAAUAGAAACGACAUUGCAAUUCUGAAAACGCAAAACGUGAUGGAGUUUGGUGAAAGCGUUGGACCCGUUUGUUUACCUUUCCGAUAUACUAAUAGAAAUUUCAUUGGAACUUCGCUUACAGUGCUAGGUUGGGGAACGACGGAAUUUUCAGGACCUAAGUCAGAUGUUCUACUGGCAACGAACGUGAGUGUGAUACCAAACGACGAGUGUCAAAGGGCUUUGCACAUGAAUAUGGUCUUCAAUUCACAAAUCUGCACCUACGCCCAAGGACGAGAUGCCUGCCAAUACGAUUCCGGCGGUCCUUUGAUUUGGAAUGUCAGGGACACUAAACGAGACCAAUUACUGGGUAUCAUUUCUUAUGGUUUAGGAUGCGCCUCGCAAUAUCCAAGCGUGAAUACCAGAGUUUCCAGUUUCUUAGCCUGGAUCGUAUCAGAAACGAGUGGUAUGCAUAUAUACUUUUGUCCUAAUUCAUAUAUAAUAAAUAUUAUUUGUUUCAGAUUCCAUCUAUUGCAUCAAAUAAGAAAUCUAUUUAAGAAAAAUAUAUAA